AUGCUUAACUGCAAACAUGCGACCACGCUUGUCGAUAUGAAGGCCAAGCUUUCUUCCACUGAUGGAUCUCCUACUCUGGAUGCGUCGUUCUAUCGGUUGAUUCAACGGUUUGGACACCCCCAUCGCUCACGAACACAAAACAAAAGACACACCCUGUGCUCCCCGUCUCCACAUGUCAAACAGAGCACGGCCGACACAGUCCAGAUACCAAGAAGCCAGGCCGUCGCCGCGGCUAUGAUGCCACCCGCGGCCGUCGCCCUCGCGCUCCUCGUGGUCUCGACGCUGCAGCCCCGGGCGGCGGUGCAGGCGCAGGUGUCGGCCGCUCCGGCGGCGGCUCCGGCGCCCAGCUGGGGGGAGCUGGACUGCACGGGCGCGCAGCUCAACCUGUCCUCCUGCCUGACGUACGUGGAGUCCGGGAGCGCGCUGACGCGGCCGGAGAAGGGCUGCUGCGGGGCGCUCUCCGGCGUCGUCGACGGCGAGGCCGCCUGCCUGUGCGGGCUCGUGGGCGGGUACGGGUCCUUCGGGGUCCGCGUCGACGCCGUGCGUGCCCUCGCGCUGCCCACCAUCUGCCGCGUGGAAGCGCCACCGCCCAGGCUCUGCGCCAUGCUGGGCUUGCCCGGCGCGGAGCCGCCGGGCGGCGCCGUGCCCCCGGCGUCAGGGUACGGCACGCCGGCGACGACGCCAGCAACGUCAGCCGCGAGCGGCGGCCCCGCGACGCACCGGAGCCGAGGGCGUCAUCUCCUCCUCGUGCUCCUCCCGUACUGCGCCGCGCUCUUCACGCUGCUGCCGUAACUCCCAAGCGCGCACGCCGACGGAGGCAGCCCCCAUAUCCAUCCCACAUCGGUGCAACUGUACAUGUACACGCGUUACAUCAAAUCGAUUCAAGUCCAGCAGAGCAUCGGUCCGUGUACACCAUCACCAUGCGCUGCCUCCUUGCAUUGUGGAGUGGUGAGCACUAGCUUUCGGCGCAGAUCCCAUCCACCAUCCCCAUUGGCUAGGCGGGCAUGGGGUCGUGGAUGGGGACGUCCGACCUGCACCGCGGCUACAAAUGAGCAGCCGCGGAGACGCAUGAAAUGAAAGUGAUUAUUAAAGGUAGCGUAUGUAUGUCGCGCGGCGGCCGGCGGGGCUGUGCUGUACCUGUACUGCGCGCGCGGGCUACAUGUGACCGGCUACCCCGCUCUUAUUCGCUGGCUGGCUGGCUGCGGUGGAGUUAGUACGAGUUCCGGUGCCGUGCGACGUGCCGUGCCGACUGCCGAAUGCAAGACGACGCGCCAUCGGUGUACGGCUGUGCAUCUGUUUUUAUUUGGCCGUGCCUGGCAGGUGGAUAAUCGUUGUCGAGGUGAGGUGGCAUAAUUUGGUCUC